AAAUUGCAAAUUAAGCAGUUAGCAGCAUAAACAGCAGACGACGAAGAUGGGUGCGAUGGUGGCGCAAAACCCAGGCAUUUUGCCUUUCAAUUGGAAAUCAACAGUAUCUCCUACACGCCUUACUACUACUUUCACUUCAUUGCCUGUGCGUUGCUCCUCGUUUUCUUCUACACGAUCCCUCAGAUACGCAGUUCUUGGCGCUGGCUUUGCUGGCUUAUCCGUGGCUUGGAAUUUGCUUCGGCAUGGUUCCAAGGACUCGCAUCUUUGUGUUGAUAUUUAUGAUGAAGCUGCUGUUGGUGGAGGUGCAUCUGGAAUUGCUGGUGGGCUUCUGCAUCCAUAUUCGCCUAAAGUCAAGCUUCUUUGGAACGGUGCAGAGUGCUGGGACGAGACUUUGAGUCUCUUAAAUAUUGCUGAACAAGCACUUCUUAAGCUGGUAAAUCAAGGAGAGGGUAAAAUUUUGGAAGAUGGUGAAUCUGCUAUAGUUAGGAGAAGGGGGAUCUUGAGGCCAGCUGUCAAUCUAAAGAGCAUGAAUAUAAUGUCAGAGAAUGCUCAGAACUAUCUUGCCAAUUGCAGAAUAGAGGUCAUCAAUGAGGAUGCUGCACAAAAGCUUGUCCCAAAUUUAUCUGUGCCAUUGAACAUGGCAUUUUAUAUGCCUGAAGCUCUGAAUGUUAACGCUCAACGUUACCUCAAGGGUCUUUACUUAGCAUGUGAAAAUCUAGCUAAUGGCACGUCAACCUUGGGCCAUUUGAACAGAGAAUUGAAUUUUCACCAGAAAUCCGUCCCCUCUCUGCUGGAACUUUCUGGGGACUAUGAUGCAGUGAUUAUCUGCUUUGGAGCCCGGGCAGCAUUUCUUCCAGAGCUAUCUGGAAAACUGCCUUUGAGAGCCUGUAGAGGAGUCAUUGCUAAGCUGCAACUUUCCGAUGAUAUAAGGGAAGAUUAUCCACCACACAGUCCCUCGAUUCUGUCAGAUGCCUGGCUUGCUGUCCAUGGAGCUCGACACAUGGAUCUGGGAUCAACAUGGGACUGGGAAUCAAGGACUUACUCUAGGGAUGUUACAGCUGAUGAAGCUUCCGAGGCAGUUAAAGUGCUUCUCCCAAAAGCAUGUUUGGUGUAUCCAGCAAUAGAAAAGUGGGCCAUAACUGGAACUGUUGGAGGGCUGAGGGGGAUGCCGCCUGUCACUGCCAACGGAUCACUUCCUCUUCUGGGUUGCGUAGACAAGUACAUUGAUGGAAGCCGUUCUUGCAAAUACUGGCUGUUUACUGGCCUCGGAGCGAGGGGUCUGCUCUACCAUGCUUGGCUUGGAAAACUGUUGGUUCGGGCCGUGCUUUCCUGCAACGAGGAUUUGCUUCCUGUGGAGUUGACCUCAUGGAAGCAUAAAGUGCACCGAUAACUAUGUAGGAAUAGAGAUUAAUCAAAUUCGAGAGCGUGUUCUCAUGAAAAGAGUCAAUGAUGAAGAAAAGCUGAAAAUUUAGGGCGAAAUGUAAAGCUUUGCUUCUUUUGCAUACUUAUACCUCCACUAUUUUUUUUAUUUGGGGGAUUAUACUUCAACAUUUGAAAAUUGAAAUAGAUGUUACUAGUCAGAAAAA